AUGAGUUCUUUAUAUGAGCUUCAAGAAACAAACAAUAGACAAAAGUUGCUCAUCCAAUUGUUAAAUGAAGCAAUACUAUCACCUUCUCGUAAGCAAUCGCUGAAAAAACAAAUUGAAGCAGCUGAAGAUCAAUUUAUUCCGAUAAAUAAUAAAAUUCAAGAAAUACAAUCCGGAUUAAAUAACAUGAAAUACGACAAUUUAAAUAAAAUGCGUGAAGAAUUAAAUCAAAAGAUACAAGAGAAAACUAAUGAAAUUGCAAAACUUAAAAAGAAUGUUGCUGAAUAUCAAGAUAUAUGUAUGGGAUAUGAUCAACAUCAAGAACAACUUCAACAAGAAAAAGAUAAACUAUUCAACGAUUUUCAAAACCAGCCAAAAGAUAACUCAAUUUCUAUAUCCCAAACACCUCAAAAGCAAUUUUCUUCUCUACUUUCCAGUCCAGUUAAAGAGGAUCCUGAAGAAUUACAGAAGCAAAUCACUGAAGCUGAUGCAAAAAUUGAAGAACUCACAGCAGAAUAUGAUUCGUUAAAGAAGAUUCUCGAAGAAAAGCAAAAGAAAUAUAAUGAUCUUCUUACCGCAUUUUGA